CUACUUCUUUUAUACAUGGUCGCCAUAUUAUAUUAACUAGUUUUAGCUGCUCGCUAAUCUAUUGCUUUCAGAAAUGUAUACGACGAGUUCACACAAGUCCACCUAAUAUACAUAGAACUAGCUUGGGUAGGCCCAAAUUAUGGUCAUCAUAAGAAGUUUGUGAAGUGGUUGCAAACUUGCAAUUAACACGUUCGUUUGCUUUGCCCUGAAACUAGUAACCAAAUUUAAUUUGUACUCUUAAAUUUGAUGUGCACAAAAGAAUCCGAGUGGAUGAUAUUUUCUGGCACAAAAAUAUUUACAUACAUAUCUUACUUUUCUCUUAAAUUUACCGAUUGCUCAUAUUCAUGCACGUAAUCAAUGUUUUCGCGCAAUCUCGUCAUUCGUCAAUUCAUCAACAUUUUCCCCACCAAAAUAUACUUGUUUUACAUCAUCUUAUACGACAAAUGAGAUUUGUUUGAUCAUAUAUCUCACCAACUUCUAUCAAUGAGGAUUUACAUGACCACAUUUUACAUCUUGACUCAAAUUUAAAUUUCAUAUAUUUGUUUUUUAUCAUUUAUGUCUAAGGACGGAAAAAAUGAAAACUAGUUGCCAUGUUAGUAGGAUGAAUGAAACUAGUUGCUAAGAUAGUAAGAUGUGAAAGCAAUAGGUUCACCACAAAAUUGAUAACUAUAUAUGCCUUGAGGAAUUGAAGAUUUGGGUUAUGAAAUUGACGGGUCCUCAUUUAGGCGCCUCAUUAAUUUAAUUCCAAGAAUCCAUCAUUAUUUUUUUACUUUAGGGCACCUUGAUCAGUGUCUUCCCUCUAUAAAUUGGUACAUCGACAUAGUUAUUAGCUCACCAAACAGUCGCCCCUCAAUGGAACAGAAUAUAUUCGUUAUGAGCGAUCUCCAUGUGCAAGAUGGCUAGUCGAUUUCAUAUGUCCAACUUCCACUGAAUUGUCCAACGUUUCAUAUUUAGUAACGUGUAAAGGCGAUAGAGAUUAGCCACCAGAUUAAUUAUUAUUCUACAUGGCAUUGGCAUACACCUUACGUGGAUUGCAUGGAAGCGUUGUUAUCUGUGAAAACUAGGGUUGGCAAUACGGUCCGGUCCGGUUAAAUUGGACCAAAUUGAUCCGGUCUUAGUUCGGUCUUUUCGGAAAUAUAAGGAUCAAAGAUUGGAUUGGAUACACUCCGGUCUUGACCCGGUCCGGUCCCAAUUUGAUUUUGAUUUUAGAUUGAGUUUGUGGGGAUUUGAGUGUUGGGGUUCUAUUAUCCGGUCUUUAUCCGGGUUUUUUUACCUCAAAUCUAAGCCCGAUUAUGAGAUUGGAUUGUUUGCUAUCCGGUCCCAGUUCGGAUUAUAAGGUCCGGUUUCGGGUAAAACCAAACAGUCCUGGACCAAAUUGCCAGUGAAAACAAUAUAUAUAUAUAUAUAUAUAUAUAUAUAUAUAUAUAUAUUAGAUUCCUCUAUAACCACGAAAUCACCAUAUAGAAACAAGCAAUUAAUGUUGGACAAUGCCGACGACGAUGAUAGUAGCCUCCUCGGCCGUCCUCUGCCUUGCCAUCGUGUACCGACUGUGGCGAGAAGUGGUGAGGGACCUCGCCGUCCUACUCUGGAAAGCAUCCGACGACCUCCAAAACCUGUGCAACGAAGUGAUGAAGAAGCACGGCGGGACCUACGUGUUGAAGGGCCCCAAAUUCUGCAACUUCGACUUCGUCACCACGUGCGACCACCGGAACGCCCGCCACAUCUUCAGCACCAACUUCCGCAACUACGAGAGAGGCCAGGACUUCAACUACAUGUUCGAGGUCCUCGGGGACGGCAUCUUCAACGUCGACGGGGAGCUUUGGAAGUACCAGAGGCAGCUCCUUCAAUCCCUCAUCGGCAGCAACAACGAGGAGUUCGAGCGCCACAUGAUGGAGACGCUGCGUGAGAAGACCGAGACGGCCUUGUUCCCUGUCCUGGACGACGCUGCGUCGUCGUCCAUGCUGCAGGGAACCGAGGUUGUUGACGUGCAGGACGUGGUGAAGAGGUUCUUGUUCGACGCCAUUUGUUUGUUGGUGUUAGGGUUUGAUCCAGAGGAAAUGAGCUCGUCGGUGUCGUGGGCAGUGAAAGCAUGCGACGAGAUCACGGAGGCAGUGGCCUUCCGUCACAUUGUACCCGUGUGGAUCUUGAGGUUACAAAAUUGGUUUCAAGUAGGGACGGAGAAGAGGAUGGGAAGAAGCUGGAGAGCCAUGGAUCGCUUCCUGUACCGGUGCGUCAAGACCAGGAAGCAAGAACUAGCCUUAGCAAACAACGACAAGAGCAAAGGAAAAGAUCGUCAACCACGACCGAAAUUCGAUGUAUUGACUCAAUGCUUGAUGGUUGAAGAAGAAAGAGAAGGAGAAGCAGUAGUAGAGAAACAAUCUGACAAGUUCCUGAGAGACACUGCACUCACACUGAUACUAGCGGGAAAGGAAACCAUAUCUUCCGGUCUCGUCUGGUUGCUCUGGCUGGUCGCCACCCACCCUCACGUCGAGAGAGCGAUUCUGGAUGAAAUUGAACAAUUUGUGGCAGUGAAUGGAAAAGCGGCCUUUUGGAGCAAGGGUAAGUUGACCACCAACAAAAUGAUGUACCUCCAUGCAGCAAUCUGCGAGACGUUGAGGUUGUACCCACCGGUGCCAUUCCUGCACAAAUGCGCCAUGGGAGAGGAUCUGUUACCUAGCGGGCAUCGGGUUCGAAAGGGAGCGAGGAUGAUAUUCUCCAUAUGCUCCAUGGCCAGGAUGCCACAGAUAUGGGGCGAGGACUGUGCAGAGUUCAAACCGGAGAGGUGGAUCGAUCGUGGAAAUGGAACCUUACUGCCCGUGCCAUCCCACAGGUUCAUGACGUUCAUGACCGGACCAAGGACUUGUUUGGGGAGGGCAAUGUCUUUCCUUCAGCUCAAGUCGCUGGCCAGUGCUAUCCUGUGGAACUACAAGCUCGAGGUGGUUGAGGGCCAUCCCGUGAAGCCAGCACUUUCGGUGGUUACGUCGAUGAAGCAUGGCUUGAAGAUGAGAGUUUCCAAGAGAAGAUAAAUCAUAAAAUGUAAUGUUUUUAUUAAUAUGAAUUAUAUUAUGCUCUCCUACUAAUGUAACCAUGUUUCAGAAUCCAGAUAUGAUGUUGCCAACUUGGUUUUGGAGAAAAUAAAGGGUAGAAUAAUGUGUUUCUCAAUAAAUUGAUUAUGUUUGAAAUAGUAAUUAUUUAGUAGUAUGGUAAGGCGACAGAUCAACCACCGAAUUGCAUUCAAUGUGAUUUUUAAAAACGUAGGAUUUCUAUUUUCUACCAAAUGGGAACCUCGUGGUCGCUCCAUGCAAAUCGAUUUCUCCAUCCAAAUGGAACCUCAAAAUCCAUAAUCCACAUUGACUUUUCUACGUCUUUUACAUAUGAAUUAUGAUCAUGCAUUAGACUAUAACUGGAGUAGACUCCCCCAUGCAUUUCGAAACACUUAAUUGAUGGGCUAACUCAUGACCGCUCCAGCAUUCAAUGACAACUUUGUUCCUCAUGGCGUGAACGUUUCGCCCAGCUCUUUCUCCACGCAUACACUUGGGAGAUAUGGAAGGAACGAAAUGGAAGGAUGUUCAAUGAUGAGAAGCAUAGAUGGCAGUCCAUUUUCAUCAAGAUUGGUAGGAUUCUUCUUAGCUGGGUGGCGGCAGAGGGGAUGAUUCAGCGAGACUAAUAGGAUUGAGUGGCUUGGGCUCCUCUCCCAAUCUAGCCCUGACGAUCGUGACUUGUGAGCUAGUUCCUGUUGGUUCCUCUUCUGUUGGUGCAGCAGGAGGGGCCUGAUCCACUUUGCUUUUUAUUUUGUUGCUUGCCUCUUUUCCCUGUUUGAACUUUUGAUCUGGGAGGUUCAGCUCUUGUGAACUCUCUCUGGUCUUUCCUGUUUCCUUUCUUUUUAUUAAUAAAUCUUCCACCCUUAUAAAAAAAACUUUGUUUUCUACGCCUUUCAAGCAAUAUGUACUGUAAAUUUUAUGAGGUUAACGACUUCCGUUAGGGAUGGAGUUAUGUUAAAACUAGAAGGAGCGGUAUACUCUCUCGAAUGUGCAUUUCACAGUUUCUUUUACGCAAAUGACGGAAGUAACGAGCUACUUUACCAAAUUAGCGGGUUGGAUCCGGUCCUUAAGCCUCAUUGCUUAAGGAGAUUCUUAAACCAUUUUUAUUGGCUAAUAGUAGAUUAGGUAGUUAAUGAGGAGUUAGUAGUUAAUAGUUAGUUGGAAUAAAUGAGAUACUAUGCAAAUAUAAUUAAUAUUACUCAUUAAUGAUUGUCUUUCUCUCUCGCCCUUGAUCUUCUCCAUAACCCUCUCUCUCCACUAUAAUUAAAAGGAAAUUCGAAAUCAAUUUAAUUAAAUAUUAUUAUUUAAUAUUUAAUAAAUUUGAACUUAAUAUAUUAUAUUUUUAAAAUGGAAAGUGAAAAUUAAAAAUAGAUGCUCUCUCACUUUGUGGCAACUUGCAAUGCAGUAUUAACGUUUUGCACUGACAUUAUCAACAUUUAUGAAAUGAAUCGUUAUUAUUAUAUCUCAUAAUUAUUAAUGAUUUCAAUAUACUUAUCAAUUCUUUACAAUUACAUUAUUAAAUGUUUUGGAUCAAUUGUUACCGUUUUAUAGUUUCAUCAUCAACGCUUAUGAAUGAAUCAUUAAAGUUAUGUAAUAUGGUCAAUAACAGUUUGAAUAACAAUAUCAUUGAUUUACAACAUCUUUACUAAUGAUUCACAUUUUCACAUCAUGUUUACAACUAUCUAGUCAUGCCUCUUCCAAUAAUUUCUAAUGACAUUAUUAACGUUUUGUGAUCCAUUAGUAUUGCUUUACAUUAUCAUUCUCAAGGAUCAUAAACCACAAUACUGAUUUUCAACAUCUUGGAUACUUGUGACAUAGUGCACAUGUGUGAUUCAGUGAAGCAAACAUUAGUAAGGAAAAAUAUUAGCUCAAGCAAACCAACAUUCACGCCACAACACCAAACUUUUAAUAACAAUACAAUAAAUUAUUGAUAACUAAAAUUAUUUCGUUGAAAAUAAACACAAAACAUCAAU